AUGCCUGACGAAAAGGAAAAGUCUUUCUCAAUAUCUCGGUAUCUGCGUCCUGAACGUUUUGACGUGGAACCCGCAAUGGCCGGCUCAGACUUGAAAUGGAUUCAUUGGAAGUACUCAUUUGAAAAUUUUAUCGCACAGGAAGCCGCUUCGGCUGACGAUGCCCUUAAGUACAAACUCCUUGUAAACCAUAUCUCGCCAUCAAUAUUUAACUUCAUUCAAGCUUGCACCACGUACGUCGAUGCCAUGACCACUCUCAGUACCACCUAUGAAAAACAAAAAAAUAUUAUCUUGGCUCGGCAUCGCCUCGCUACUAGAAAGCAACAGCCUGGCGAAACGUUAGCAGAGUAUUCGAGAUCUCUUGCCAUACUUGCUCGUGAAUGUCACUUCAAAGCUGUUACUGCUAAUGAACACCAAAACGAAACCGUACGUAGUACGUUCAUUGCCGGAAUAUUGUCUCAGAAAAUAAGAGAAAGGUUGCUAGAAAAAUCUACUAUGUCUCUGGAAGAAACAUUGAAUCUGGCUACAUCUUUAGAAACUGCUGAAAAUACUUCACGACUACUAACAGUAUCAUCUCCAUCAACGUCUGCUGUUCCUGUUAACACGAUCUCUGAAACUCAAGCAUCGCAACCACAGCUCAACUUGGCAGCAUCAAAACCUCAAAAUUUUCAUCACAGUCGCCCUACGCAAAGUGACCCCCGAUGCUUUUUCUGCGGUGGCAAUGUUCAUAAAAGAAUCAAGUGCCCCGCUAAUAAUGCCCAAUGUCAACUUUGCUCCAAAAAAGGACAUUUUGCAACUGUUUGCCGUAGUUCAAGACCAGGUCAACGUACCGUAAAUGUUAUUACCAUGGACGAUGACGACGUUACUCAACCUCAAGUUACUGAUUCUCAUUUGUCAAUGAUAUCCGCUGCUGCGCCAUCAAGCCUACGUAAAGCUACCAUUCCAAUUACCUUGAACAACUAUCAAGCAGAUGCGCUACUUGACACCGGAAGUUCAAUCAGCUUUAUCGAUAAGAAUACUGCUCUAACCAUGAACCUUAAACGAAAGCCCUGUCGACAAGCGAUAACUUUAGCAUCUCUUAACAAUAUAUCAUAUGUUGAGGGACUAUGCUACGCUACAAUUCAGAUUGCAGAUGGGCGAGAAACUACAGUCUCUAAUAGAUCCUUAGCGCCACUGCCACAGGUCGUUGACGACGACUCGUCGGACGAUGAAGAGCAAUUAGAAAUGGAGGAGGUCCCUUCCAACGAAGCUCCACCUGCUAGCCCAGAAGUGGAGAGUACACAAAUGAGUGUCGUUGAAGAAAACUGGGUAUAUCAAUUUAAUAUAGACGACAUUGAAAAAAACUUAUUUGAUAAUUUUGAAAAAGAACUCAAUAUUUUAUGUGAAAAUAUUCCUAAAGUGCUUGAAGAUAAUUUUUUAAUUGAAAACAUCAAUCAUCAAGUAAAUUUGGCCCAAACUUUUGAUGAAGAAUUAAAAUUUCUUACUGAAGGCAAUAAAGAAUUAAAGCAACAGAUUGAAUCUAAGCUUAAAGAAUUAGCAGACAGACAAACUAAAUAUGAAAAUUACAAGCAAGAUCAUAAACUCUUAACACAAGAGAUCAAAGAGACCCAUGAAGCAUUUUUAAUGGCCAAGAAAUAUUACAAAAAGUUUUUGAAAGUAUAUUACUGUAUUGAAAAAAGAACCAGUGACACACAAGUUAUAUUUGUCCAAUUUUUUACAGAGUCUAAAAAAGAUAAUGAAAAUUAUUCAGUUAGAUUAUUGAGACAUACAACCACUGGCCAAUAUGAAUUGCAAAAUAUUCAUCCAAAGUUAAAACUGUUAAAAGAACUUCAAAAGAAAUUACUACAAACUAAUGAUGUGCCUGGUGCUUUAUGCUGUGUGAGACAAGCGUUUUUAGAAUUAAGGGAGAAUAAGAAA